CCAGGUUUCACUUCACUCCUCUUCAGCGGCUGAAGUUCGGACUCUUCUCUCAUUCCCUCGGUCUGUCAAUCGCAUGAUUUGCAUCAAUUCUCAACUCAUAUCACCAAUAACAGAAAGCAAGAAUCGUUACCAUGGUUGAAAUCUCAGAAGUUGAUUCUGCUUCUAAUCUUCCAGUUGUACAUGGAAUGGCAUCACAAAUGGGACCUCCCCCUCCAAAUCCACCGCGUUCUGGACAAGUGCAUGGACCAUCAGUAGGGAUAGGGAGUACAGCUGGAUCAUCUACACCAUCUUCUCAACCUUCACAAACUUGUGCAGCAGAUGAAUGUGUAUCUAAUAAUCCUGAAGUUGGUGUGCAAAUAUCAUGGGUAUGGGGACACUACAAUAUUUAUCAAAAUGGUGAGAGAGCGAAGUGUAAACAUUGUGAAAUAUCUAAUUACAAGAUUGGUGAAUGCUUCAAAAAGAAAGAAAAAAGAAAAGAAAAAAGAAAAGAAAAAAAAAAGAAACUUGAAAAAGCAAUUCAGUUGUCUGAAACUGGAGCUAAUUUAUCAUCAUCAUUUGCCCCACCUGAAGAAAGUAGUCCUCCUUUGGCUGAUCAAAGUCCUGGAAGAGAUAAAGGUAUUUCCAGUUCUGGGCAAGGUAGUGGAAGAAGUGUAGAGGUGCUAGCCCCAUUACCUGUGGAAAGGGAAGAUUCAUUUGAUGAUCCCUUAUAUAGAGCCGCUGCAAUGGGACAUCCUUCCCUCGAACCUAGUUCCAUGGUCGCACUAGGUGCGACAUCAACAUCAGAUAACUCCAGAGAUGAUCUUGCUCUUUUCCAUGGUCCCCCUUUCGUCAAGAUAAAACAAGAGGCCGCAGAUCAGAACAAGUGGCUUCUAGUGAAUGUGGAGUCCAUUAAAAUGGAAUUCGGCUCAGACAUGCUGAACCGUGCCACAUGGGAUGAUAAAGUGGUUGCUCAACUAAUCCGCACUAAAUUCAUCUUUUGGCAGGUGCACGAUGACACCACUGAAGGUAGGCAAGUCUGCAACUACUACAACCUGGUUUCUGUUCCUGUAGUUCUGCUUCUGGACCCAAUAUCCGGGAAAAAAAUGCGCUUAUGGAGCGGAAUGAUUCGACCUAGGCCUUUAUUGAAGGUGCUACUUCCUUUAGUGGAUGGAGGUCCAAAAGAUAACCUGGAACAAAACAUAAUAACAAAAAUCCAUCAUAUAGAUUCCAUUCGAUUCUAAUUAAUAUACCAAGAAGUAACAGUAAUUACCAAACGAUUUCAACACCAAAUCGUUCAAAAGAAAACAAGAAAUUCAUUAGGAAAAAAAAAAACCUGACCAAAAUAUUAACAUGAAAUAGAGUUGUGUA